CAUCGAUGGGACUUUUGGUCAAUCGUGAACACGGGAGCCUCAUCCGUCACUGGCAACAUUUUCUGGUCGCGGUUCAGGUUCAAGUUGUUUCUGACGACAGACACUGGCACACUAUUAAAAUAUCCUCACCACCACUUCUUCUCCCUCCCGACGUGCACACAACCCAACGUCCCACCACUAUCUGCAUUUCCAUUCCAAACCGACGCAUCCAGCAAACCCAACCCAUACGUGCGUGUCCGUACCUUUCCUAUCCAACAUGUCGGACCGGGUAAAGCAGGUCGCAGCCGAAGAGGCCGAAAGAGUCAAGGCGAUAACCAAAGACGCUUUUCAAUCGCAGGCGUACCUGUAUCCGUUCAAGGGCAUCUUCUACUUCGUAACCCACAAGGACCUAUGGCGACCAUUGAUCUCGAAACUAGCUCCUACAAUCACCCUCAGUGUCGGCGUCACGACAUUCAUGUUCCUAGUAGCAUAUGUCCCUCAAGCAGCCAUCAUGGCCUUCACAUCUGGCCCCGUCGCCGCCAUCUCAGCAGCCCUGCUCACACUCAGCGAGAGCUCGACACUCAUCAACCUUUUGUCCCGAACAUUUCUGAUCGAAGAAGCCCUCAUCGACACGUUCGAUGGGACUUUGUUGUCUCGAGGCUGCACGAACCUGGUCAGCGAAGGCCGACAAGUUCAGGGAGGUGGAAGCGCAGACAACAUCGCCCGGCUGGGCAAACUGAUCAAGAAGCCGUUUGCCAAAUUCACCCCGAACGCCAUCAUUCGAUAUCUGCUGUAUCUGCCGCUCAACUUUAUUCCGAUUGUUGGAACCUUGGUGUUUAUCCUCUUGCAGGGUAAACGAGCCGGUCCCGCUGCGCAUACCCGCUAUUUCCAGCUUAAGGGCUGGUCCAAGAGACAGCGUGAAAUCCAUGUCGAAGACUUCCGUGGCGGUUAUACUUCGUUUGGUGUCACUGCUUUUGUGCUGGAGAUGAUCCCCUUUGCGAACCUGGUUUUUGCUUUUACCAAUACCGUCGGUGCGGCGCUUUGGGCUGCCGAUAUUGAGAAGAACGCGACGAUUUCGCCAAAGGUCCGCGAGUUGGCUCAGAAGGCUGAAUGAGGGAUUGAUACCUGCGGUUGGAGGCUGGGCCGAUCAUGAACGAAGGCUUAGCUGAUAGUCUCACGGUGUCCUGCUCGCCGGUCCGCGCGGAAGUUAUUGUAUCUCCGCGCCGCACAAGACAUGAGCUAUGGCAGGCCUUGGACGGCCGACUAUUCGAAAAGCAAUUUGCCGUGUUGUGGGGGGACACGGCUUGUUAACUCGCGAGACUCAUGUCUCCAAGGUUGGCGCUUCAAACUGAAGCCCUUUAAACAAACCAGAGGCUUCAGCAAGCAUUAGAAAUGGCUAGAAAGAAUGAAUGGAUGAUUGAUUGUCCGAUAUGAUGAAGUCCUUUCGCGAGGCUAUUUUGCAUCUCGAUUGGAACUUUCGUGAAACGGGAGAAGCACUCUCAAGAUUUCAGGUAAUUGCGACAAGACUUGGUCUCGUCCCUGGCGCCCGCCCUCAUCAUCACCCCCAUGGCUUCACCGUCGUCGUCCCCUCGACGAGUUCUCGGACUAGUGAUCGUUUACAUGUCGCUCCCGUUGCCGGCACUCGUGUUUUGUUUUGUUUUGUUACUCUUGCGCUCGCCAACCCUGCUCAACCUCACCCACUGGCACUGCACCCAGUGCUACGGACUCAAACCCAAACCAUUG